UAUCUGAAACUCACUCUGUAAUUACUUUUAUACCCCUCUAAUCUUCUUGUUCUAUUACCCGCCAAAGUUCCUAUUUCGUAAUCCAGUUCUUCAAUUCUUCCUCUUCUCUGUGUGCCGUAUUCCAUUUUUCUCUGUAAGAUGAACAAAAAUUUUCGUGAGAUUGAGCGGAAGAUCCUGCGUCUUCUUCAUGGCCACAAAACUCGAAUGCAUCUCACUCAAACCCACGCCCAUUUCCUCCGCCAUGGCCUUCACCAAUCCAAUCAAAUUCUUGCCCAUUUCAUCUCCAUUUGUGGGGCUCUCGACAAGAUGCCAUAUGCGAUUCGCGUCUUUUCCCAAUCCCAAAAUCCGAACAUUUUUCUCUUCAAUUCCAUGAUUAAAGCCCAUUCCCUAUGUGGCCCCUUUGAACAAUCCCUUCUCCUGUUUUCCUCCAUGAAGAAACAGAGGAUUGUUCCCGACGAGUACACUUUUGCGCCGUUGCUUAAAUCCUGUUCGAAUCUUUGUGAUUACAAGCUUGGUCAGUGUGUGAAGGGCGAAGUUCUGCGACGUGGGUUUGAGUAUUUUGGGUCUAUUCGUAUUGGGGUGGUUGAGUUGUACGUUUGUUGUGAGAGGAUGGAGGAUGCGAAGAAGGUGUUCGAUGCAAUGCCUCAUAGGGAUGUGAUUGUUUGGAACUUGAUGAUUCGUGGGUUUUGUAAGACGGGUAAUGUGGAUUUGGGGAUAUAUCUCUUUAGGCAAAUGAGUGACCGUAGUAUUGUUUCUUGGAACACCAUUAUUUCCUGUCUAGCACAAAGUGGGCGUGAUGUUGAAGCUUUAGAACUGUUUCAACAGAUGGAAGAACAGGGUUUUGCGCCAGAUGAGGUUACUGUGGUUACAAUAUUGCCUGUAUGUUCUCGUUUAGGAGCUCCCGUUGUUGGACAAAGGAUCCAUGCUUAUGCGAGCUCGAAGGGAAACUUGGUAGAUAUUACAUUCGUUGGGAACUCGCUUCUCGAUUUUUACUGUAAAUGUGGGAAUACAGAAGGGGCUUACAACAUUUUCAACAAAAUGACUUGCAAAAGUGUUGUUUCUUGGAAUACAAUGAUCUUGGGCUUUGCUUUAAAUGGGAAGGGAGAACUUGCUACAGACCUUUUUAUGGAGAUGGGAAGGAAGGAUGUGAAGCCUAACGAUGCAACGUUUGUAGCCCUCUUGACCGCUUGUGUUCAUUCGGGAUUGUUAGAGAAGGGUCGAGAGAUAUUUUCUUCAAUGAUGCAUAAGUACAAAAUUGUGCCAAAACUUGAACAUUUCGGUUGUAUGGUUGAUCUUUUGGGACGUAGCGGACUUGUGGAGGAGGCUCACAACUUGAUUAAAAGCAUGCCGAUGCAGCCAAAUGCUACUUUAUGGGGUGCUUUGCUAGGUGCUUGCCGAACUCAUGGUAACUUGAAACUUGCAGAACUGGCAGUGAAAGAACUCAUCAGUCUUGAACCAUGGAACUCUGGUAAUUAUGUGUUGCUGUCAAAUAUGUUGGCGGCAGAAGGGAGAUGGGAAGAUGUUGAGAAUGUCAGAGGUUGGAUGAGAGGAAAGAGCGUCACGAAAGCACCUGGGCAGAGUGCCAAUGGCUAAACUAUUAAUCUUAUGUUGAUGAUUACCUUUUUAAUGUUCUGUGUUGUUACAUCUGUGGAGGACUAAAAGAACAGACAGAUGUUUCGAGUUCUGUUUGAAGCUUAAUGUUGAGAACACCCGUUGAACUAGAAUGAAGCAGUUCAGCCAUCUCGACACGCUUAGCAGUGCGUAAACAAAUUGUGUAGCUUUAUAGUGAAAUUAAUCAAUGACUACGGACUUCUUGUGAUUUA